AGAACAAGAGUGGGCUUCUAAUAAGAUUUUAUAUAAAGACAUUAACAUUGAACACAAACAAGUCAAUUCUGAAGAUAAUUUAAUUAAUUGCAAUAAUUUAGAACUUAACAAUGCCAAUUCUAAUUCUAGACAAUAUAAAAAAUUUGUGAUCACAAUGGAAUAUUAUACUUAUUGUCUUCAAAUUUGGCCUUAUCAUAUAAAUAUACUUUUACAAACCAGAAAACUUUUCCAGCAAUUUUUA